UGGAGGAGGUCCGCAGGGGUAAGGUAACCAGCCCUGCCCGCCUGGCUCCAGAGAUCCAGCUCCAGGGUCUCUGGUCUCGGACUUCUGAGUGUUGCGGUUUGAGGUCCUGAUUUCUACCGGUGGGGCGUGCAAGAUGGAGGAAGGCGGGAACCCAGGAAGCCUGACUAAGGUGGUCCAUCUACUGGUCUUGUCUGGGGCCUGGGGUAUGCAGCUGUGGGUGACCUUCAUCUCAGGCUUCCUGCUUUUCCGAGGCCUUCCCCGACAUACCUUUGGUCUCGUGCAGAGCAAACUCUUCCCUUUCUAUUUUCACAUCUCCAUGGGCUGUGCCUUCGUCAACUUCUGCAUCUUGGUUCCACAACACACUUGGGCUCAAGUCACAUUCUGGGAGGCCAGCCAGCUCUGCCUGCUGUUCCUGAGCCUCACGCUUGCCACUAUCAACGCCCGUUGGCUGGAACCCCGAACCACAGCUGCCAUGUGGGCCCUGCAGACCAUGGAGAAGAAGCAGGGCCUGGGUGGGGAGGUGCCAGGCCGCCACCAGGGCCCCGACCCCUACCGCCAGCUGCGGGAGCAGGACCCCAAGUACAGUGCCCUCCGCCAAAAAUUCUUCCACUACCAUGGCCUGUCCUCCCUUUGCAAUCUGGGCUGCCUCCUAAGCAAUGGGCUCUGUCUUGCAGGCCUGGCCCUAGGCCUCAGGAGCCUCUAGCACUCACUGCUGGGGCCCCAAAUGUCAAUAAACCCUUCUUUGGAAAUGG